CUGGGGGGUCCUGAUGGAGCGCGGCUCACGGCGCGACUAAGGUUGGGGCUAGCCUGGCAGCUCUCGAGACUCCCGGCGGCGACACGACAGCGGCGGCCCGGGCGCGCGCGUGAGAGAGGGGCGGGGCGUCGCCUCCCCCGUGGGCCGCAGGGAAUAUGAGCAGCAAAGAAGGAUCGGGUGGGUUCAGAAAACGAAAGCAUGACAAUUUCCCACAUGGUCAAAGAAAAGAUGAAAAAAACAAUGUUAAUUCGUCUUCAUCUUUGAUGGUGUCUUUUAAGUCAUUUCAACUGGAGCUUGAUACAAGACAUGAUAAAUAUGAGAGGCUUGUGAAACUUAGUCGUGAUAUAACUAUUGAAAGUAAAAGGACAAUAUUCCUACUUCACAGGAUUACUAGUGAUCCCAAUGGGGAGGAAAUACUAAAUGAAUCUGAGGCCAAAUUAGAAGCCGUCAGACAGAAAAUUAAGCAAGUAGCACAAGAACUGAUAGGAGAAGACAUGUAUCAGUUCCACAGAGCCAUCUCUCCAGGGCUUCAGGAAUAUGUAGAGGCAGUGUCUUUCCAAUAUUUCAUCAAAACACGAUCACUAAUUAGUGUUAAGGAGAUCAACAAACAGCUAAUAUUUACAGUGGAAGACAAAGAAGAAGAAACAAACACGCCCUCCUCCAAUCCACAUGAUGAGCAGCUGUGCACUUGGAGCCUGAAGGUAACACCUGUCGAUUACCUGCUGGGUGUGGCUGAUCUAACAGGAGAGCUCAUGCGGAUGUGUAUUAACAGUGUUGGAAACGGUGAUAUAGACACCCCAUUUGAACUGAGCCAGUUUUUACGUCAGAUUUAUGAUGGUUUUUCCUAUAUUGGCAACACUGGACCCUAUGAAGUGUCUAAGAAACUAUAUACCUUGAAGCAGAGUCUGGCCAAAGUAGAGAACGCCUGCUAUACAUUAAAAGUGAGGGGUUCUGAAAUCCCAAAGCACAUGUUGGCUGAUGUAUUCUCCACCAAAGCAGAAAUGAUUGACCGAGAAGAGGGUCUUUCCUAAAACAGUGAGACAAUCAUGGCCCUGAAGGGCUGUACAGUUGGAAGCUUGUUAAUAUUUUGGAUUUGUUUUCAGUAGACCCUCAUCAUGACUUGUAUGUAGUGAUGUUUUUAGUUUUACUUAGCAGAGCAAGAUUAUUUGCAAAGGUAACUUGUAACCAAAAAAAACCCUUAACAUAAUGUGUAAGUGCCCACAGAGGAGAGAUUCCAAUAUUUGUUCAAUCUCCUGUUUUCCUCUACUCUAUGUGCUGUCAUAAUGGCUAAAUGUCAAUGCUACACUCAGUGCUGGUGUCUUUCAGUGAAGUGGACUCACUUCAAACUGCCUGGGCCACUGCAUCAGUUUUCAGCGAUCACAUGAUGCUCAGAGCAGGUUGUGAAUAAUUAAAUUUUGUGAUUCUGAUUUACCCACAAUUUCUCUUGGGCCCCACACCUUAAUGUAGCCUGUGUCUGUGUACCCUCCGUGUCAGAAUAGGGGGUGGCCAAAGGCCUGGAGAAGCAGUAGCCUCAUGGUUUAAUCAGAGCAAAACAAACCCAGCCUCCUAGCAUCUAAACCUACCCUGGUCUUUGAUGCAUUAGAUUAUUGGGAUCAGAAUGUUUUUAUAGGCCCAUUUCAGCAUACUUCUCUGAUGCUGGAUCUCCACAUUGUUUAAUUUGUAUCUGCUUAAUUCAAAUGUUUAUCUCACUGGAGCUGAAAUUGAAACAGAGCCAAAGGUGCUAUGUAACCUGUAGUUUGGUCUGACUACUAUUUUUGAACGUGAAACUGAAACUAACAGUUUUCUGCUCAUUGAUAAAACUCAUAAUACCUGGUUAAUAUUACUGUAUACUGGCCAUUUCAGGGCUCACAGCUUUAUUUUAGCUCUGCCUUGUUGCCUUACUGUUUUGGCAUCAUUUGGAAAAUCCUUUAAAACAUUGAAUUUAUUGUUUUAAAUUUAAAGAAUAAAAGCUUUAACUGAUGCAGAAUCUUAGUUUGCUGAAUAGACUCCUUCCUGGACAAGUGCAGAAACGUAGCCAAACAAGUUUAUCAUGGAUUCAGCAGUAGGACAGACUUGUUGCGCAAGGCUGGUUGCAUGCUUGUCACCUAAGAGGAUACAGGGUUAUGACAGUGGGUAGAAUUCUGCCCUCCACUAUAUUUGUGGAACCCCAAGGGACUCCAGUGGAGUUGAACUGGUGUUAGCGAAGAAAGAAUUUGGUUCAGUGUGUUAAGUGAGAUGUGACUUAUUCCUUUGAAAUGUGUUGCCUUGUGUAUUUUAAUACUAUUAUGAAAUAGAAAUUGCAAUAAAAAUAAGGCAGAUGUGCAAAUUCCCUGCAUUUAUUUGGCAUUCUUGAGCUCAUUGGCAGAUAAUCUGAAUUCUCACUUGUGUCCAAAGUUGUGAAAGCCCCUUGAAACUGUAUAUUAUGCUGGGGAGAAACAGCAGAUAAAAUAAUACGCUCUUAAAGAAAAAAAAAAAAGAAAGAAAAAAAAGCUACUCCAGGAAAUAGGCCCCUCAAGCACAAAUGAAAAUACUGCAUGUUUUUUAUUUCCACUUCCAUAUGAUGUAGUACUGCCAAUAUUUUUCCCGUUAGCAUGGUAUGUCCUAGUUAACUGGAGUCAUCUGAUAUAUGACCAGAACAGCAGUUACUUACAGUGUUUAUCACAGGUUUUCCCAUUGUUUCCAUGUAAAGAAAUAUUUGGUGAGUUGAAAAAGCAGUGUUUUUCCAAUUGUUUAAUACCUUUUAAAGUGCUUUUUUUUAAACAAUAAAAUCAUUAAAAAGCUA